ACGAGGAGAACAAAGUAGAGAACAAGCUGACGGAGUCCACCGCAGCGGAGUCUGAAACAAAGUCUGCGGUUGUAGCUAAGAAGAAGAAGAAGAAGAACGUCAAGAAAGAUAAGGCCUCGAAGAAGGAUGCCUCGUCUGAGUCUUCCAGCUCUUCGGACUCCUCCGAUGACAGCGAUGGGAAUGCGGUGAAUGGAGAAGCAAAGGUAGAGGUGAAUGUAGAGAAGGAUACCGCGAAAGUGUCCAAGUCGGACUCCGACUCGUCUGACUCAUCAGAUUCGUCAGACUCCUCCGAUUCCUCAGAGGAGGAAGAGACCAAAGCUGCGAAGCCAGCCAAGGGUAAGGCGGCUAAAGCAGAGAAGGCGGCCAAAGCAGAGAAGGCUGCUAAAGCGGCGAAGGAGGCCAAGGCAAAAGCGGCCAAAGAAGCGAAGGCCAAAGGGAAAGCAAAGGUCGCCGAGGUUAAAGCGGCUGAGGUUAAAGCGGCUGAGGUUAAAGCGGCUGAGGUUAAAGCGGCUGAGGUUAAAGCGGCUGAGGCUAAAGCAGCUGAGGCCAAAGCUGCAGAGGCCAAAGCAGCGAAGAAGGAAGCAAACAAAUCGGAUUCAGAUUCAGACUCUGAUUCAGACACAGACUUCGACUCAGAUUCAGACUCCGAUUCUGACUCAGACGAUGAUCAAGCGGAACAGCAGAAUCUGCAACAACAGAAGCAACAGCAGAAGAAGUUGAAUAACAACAAAGCGGGUGUGGGUAACCCUAGUGGCGAACUAGCCAAUGGGAAGACCGAAGGAAAGAACAAAAGGAGAAACGAAAUAGUCGUGGGUGAUAACAAUAAGGGAAAAAAUAAGAAACAAAAAUUUAAUAAAAAUGGAAAGGAUAACAUGGUCAAUGACGAUGCUGAGGAUGAUGUGGAAGACGAAGAUGAAGACGAUGAUGAUUUCCCAACAGAGUUCAUAAUAACCAUACUGAACAUAAGUAGAGAUGCACAGGAAGCAGAUUUAAGAUCCUACUUGAAAGAGUUACUAAGUGAUGAUUAUGUAGAGGACAAAAUAUGGAUUCAUAUGAACCCACUCUUCAAUAGUGCUUAUGUUUAUUGUUCAGAAAAAAAUAUCACAGAUGUAUUUGCUUCAAAAUAUAACGAAAAAUUUAAUGGCAUCCCAAUAAAAAUUCACAUGAACCCUAAUGCCAUUUCUUCAGUUAGUCUUUCCCAUGUUGGAAAGAAUACCACAGAAGAACAGGUAAGAAAUGCAUUUGAGAAAUAUGGAAAUAUCACUAAGGUUAUUUUUUUCGCAGGAAGAAACAGAGUACAGGUUACAUAUGAUAGCUUAGAGAGCUGUGUUAAGUCUUUGCAACAUGAUGGACUCCUCGUAGGGGAUAAUUACGUCCACGUGGCAUUAAUGCUUAAUGGUACUAACUACAACAGUAGCUUCUCUGAUUAUACGUUUGGAAAUAGGGGGAACAGGAAUAACUACCAAGGUAGUAAUAAUAAUGGACAGGAUAAUGAGGGGGGUAAUGGAGGUGGUAGGGGUGGCAGCUUUUUUGGGAAGAAGUUUGGCCAUGUUAAUAAGUUCAACAGGAAUGGCAGUAACUUCAACCGAGGAAACGAUGACAACAACAGCAUCAACAACAACAGCGGGGGUGGAAGCUUCAACCGCAGUGGCAGCGGCUUCAACAAAGGGGGGGGUGGCUUCCAAAAGGGAGGCAACUACGACAAUAAUAAUGGGGGCAGCUUCAACAGGGGGGGCGGCUUCAACAGGGGAGGCGGCUUCAACAGAGGAGGCGGCUUCAACAGGGGAGGCGGCUUCAACAGGGGGGGCGGCUUCAACAGGGGAGGUAACUACAACAACGGAGGUAACAACAAUGACGACGGCGGCGGAAAGAAGUUUAACAAGAAGCCCUUUAAUAACUUCAAGAACAGGAAGAACCAGGAGUUCGGUGCGG